AUGGCAGAGCGCACACGAGCGCACCCUAAUGUCGGGUUGCCGAGAGUUCUGCAUCAAAUUCAUCACGUACCAAAAGACAAGCGAGUGAUCAUUAUCGGCGACGUCCAUGGGUGCUUGGACGAGCUUGAGCUGUUGCUGGACAAGGCCGAGUUCGAUGCCGCCAAGGACGUCCUUGUCUUUGUGGGGGAUUUGGUUAACAAAGGACCAAAGUCCGUGAAAGUCGUUCAAUUUGCGCGUGAGAGCGGAGCGUUGUGUGUCCGCGGAAACCAUGACGACGCUGCCUUGAAUGGGUACUACCUCCGGCAAAGCGGAAUCAAGGACGACGCGCGAUACGAGUACACGGACGGGUUUUGUGCCGCAGAUAUAGAGUUUCUGGAGCAGCUUCCAUUCACGAUUGACUUGCCUGAGAUCAAUACGAUCGUUGUGCAUGCCGGGAUGGUGCCGGGAGUUCCGGUUGAGGAACAGAGCCUCGGUAUGCUGUACAAGAUGCGGUUCAUCAAGACGGGAGAGCCAUCGACCGCUCUCGAGUCUGGCCAAGGCGACUCGGUCUUGUGGGCUGCGACGUAUCACGGCCCCAAGCUGGUUGUGUUUGGGCACGAUGCAAAGGCGGGAUUGCAGGACACUCCAUUUGCACUUGGCCUGGACACGGGCUGUUGCUACGGGAAGAAGCUGACAGCAGUCGUUUUGCCAGAGCGACGGCUCGUAUCGGUCGAUGCCCUCAAGGUUUACACUGCACCUGGUGCGCGCCCUUCCAAGUCAUGGGGAUCGUGGCUCUGGUUCGCGUGGGUCGAGCCAGUGUACAGCUUUCUCUUUGGCCGGGCGACUGGUCCAUAG